UUAUAUAAAAAAUAUGCCGACUAUUGAAUUGAGGACUAUUACUCAGCAAAGCUUUGAGUUGGAAGUUGAGAAUUCUGAAACGAUCCUCCAAUUGAAGCAGAAAAUUGCUGAGAAUAAAGGCGAUAAAGAUUUUCCAGUUGAUGGCCAAAAGCUUAUUUACAACGGGAAGGUGUUGGAAGACAACAAGACGAUUGGAGAUGUCAACGUUGUAGCUGGGAAAUUUAUUGUUGUGAUGGUUGUGAAGAAGGUGGCUCCAAAAGCUAGCGUUACUGAGGCAACAACUACUUCGGAAGAGAAAAAAUCUACUACAGCAGAAGUAAAAAAAGAGGGGACACCAACGAAGGACAAAAAGGAGGAAGGAGUUCCCGCUGAGCAUCAAAAAACUCUCGACAAUAUUACUUCAAUGGGUUAUCCACGUGAUGAAGUCAUUCGCGCGCUUAAAGCAGCAUUUUAUAAUGCUGAUCGUGCUGUUGAAUAUUUGUGCAAUGGAAUACCUGAAGGAGUUAAUUUGGUUCAAGGAGCGGCAGCAGGGGAAGCUAGUGGUGAUGAAAGCGGUGGGGAAGCAAAUGUUGUUGCUGGUGAGGGGGGUGCUGGUGGUCUUGAUUUUUUGGCUAAUCUCCCUCAAUUUGCUAUGUUGCGUGAAAUGAUUCGCAAUGAUCCAUCGGCCUUGCCUCAAAUUAUGCAAGAAAUUGCUGAAACGAGACCGGAGCUGAUGCAAAUGAUACGCGAUAAUCAAGACCAAUUUUUGGCGCUCUUAAAUGCGGAAGGUGGUGGUGCCGGAGGGGCUGCUAAUCCAAUUGCUGCUGCUCUUGGGGGAGCUGCUGGAGCAGGUGGAGGAGGAGGACCUCAAGCGGUUACAAUUCCUAUAACGGCAAAUGAUCGAGAAGCAAUUGAUCGACUUUGUGGAAUGGGAUUUCCUGAGCAAUUAGUUAUUGAAGCUUAUUUGGCUUGUGACAAAAAUGAGGCUUUAGCUGUUAAUUAUAUUUUGCAGAGAAUGGAGGAGAAUUAUGGAGGAGGGAAUUAA